AUGGGCUGGCUGGCUGGCUCGCUCACUUGAAACGGGCUCGCAUCUUUUUUUAAGCUUUACCUUUCACUACUUUUUGCCACUUUUUUUCUUUCUUGAAAUUGCUGCAAAGUUAACAAGCAAGCAGCCCCAUAUUUGAACGAUGCCCGAGAAGGUGUAAUUUUCCUUUUGUUUGCCUUUUAUUUUUGACACCAUGACAGAGGAGAGCAGAAGCGAACACAGAAGUGAGAGCGGGAAGGAUUGGGACAAGCAGCUCCGCUUGCGAGUGUGCGUCCUCAACGAGCUUCUGAAGACGGAACGGGAUUAUGUCGCCACCCUGGAGUUCCUCUCGGUGUUCCUGCAUCGACUGAACCAAUACGCUGCCACCAAAAUGGACAAAAACAUCACGGAGGAAACGGUCAAAAUGUUGUUCUCCAACAUUGCGGACAUCCUGACGGUGCACAAAGACUUCCUGUCCAUGGUGGAGGAGCUGCUGCAGCCCGAGCCGCACGCUCACCAUGUCGUCGGACGCUGUUUUUUGCACUUUAGGCGGCGUUUCCAGAUUUACGACGAAUACUGCGGAAAUUACGAGAAGGCGCAGCGGCUGCUGCUGGAGCUCAACAAGAUCCGCAGCGUCCGUACGUGCUUGCUGAACUGCAUGUUGCUGGGAGGGCGGAAGAACACCGAAGUGCCGCUGGAGGGCUACCUGCUGGCUCCCAUUCAGAGGAUCUGCAAGUACCCGUUGCUGCUCCGAGAGCUCCUUAAGCGGACGCCCAAGAAGCACGAAGACUACGCGCCGGUGCAGGAGUCGCUGCAGGUGAUGAAGGCCGUGUGCUCGGGCAUCAACGAAGCCAAGCGGCAGAUGGAAAAACUGGAGCUCCUGGAAGAGUGGCAGUCGCACAUCGAAGGCUGGGAGGGUUCCAAUAUUACCGACACGUGCACGGAGAUGCUCAUGCACGGCGUCCUGCUGAAGAUCUCCGCCGGCAACGUGCAGGAGAGGAUCUUCUUCCUGUUUGACAAGCUCCUGGUCUACUGCAAGAAGAAAAGCAGACGUUUGAAAAACAGCAAAGCCACCACGGAGGCUCCUCGCUAUCUGUUCAGAGGCAGAAUCAACACAGAAGUGAUGGAAGUGGAGAACGUGGACGACGGAACAGCCGACUACCACAGCUCCGGCAACAUCGUCAACAACGGCUGGAAGAUCCACAACACGGCCAAGAACAAGUGGUUUGUGUGUAUGGCCAAGACGGCGGAGGAGAAGCACGAGUGGCUGGAGGCCAUCAUGAAGGAGCGCGAACGUCGCAAAGGAGUGACGCUGGGCAUGGAGCAGGACACGUGGCUGAUGGUGUCCGAGAAGGGGGAGAAGCUCUACCAGCUGAUGAGCAAAGGACACCUCAUCAAAGACCGCAAACGCAAGCUCAGCACUUUUCCAAAGUGCUUCCUUGGAAGUGAGUUUGUAACCUGGCUGAUGGAAAUGGGCGAGACGGGCAACCCGGAGGAGGGCGUCCACCUCGGUCAGGCCCUGCUGGAGAAUGGCAUCAUCCACCACGUUACCGACAAGCACCAGUUCAAAGCCGAGCCCGUCUUGUAUCGCUUUCGCUACGACGACGGCACCUACCAUCCCAGGAGCGACAUGCACGACGUCAUAUCGAAGGGCGUUCGCCUGUUCUGUCGGCUUCACAGCCUCUUCACUCCCGUCAUCAGGGACAAGGAUUACCAUUUGAGGACGUACAAAUCGGUGGUGAUGGCCAACAAGCUUAUCGAUUGGCUUAUAGCACAGGGCGACUGCAGAACGAGAGAGGAGGCGCUGAUUUUGGGAGUCGAGCUAUGCGACAAUGGAUUCGUGCAUCACGUGCUGGAGAAGAGCGAAUUCAAGGACGAGCCGCUGCUCUUUCGCUUCUUUGCCGACGAGGAGAUGGAGGGCUCCAACACCAAACACAAGCCGGUCAAGCAUGACCUGAAGAUAGUGGAAAACGUCAUCUCCAAGUGUCUCCUGAUUAGACCCAGUGACGCAGGCUACGGAUUCACGCUGGAGGAGAGGAACAGGCUGCCCAUCAUCAAGUCGGUGGAGAAGGGCUCACCUGCUGAGAUGGCCGGCCUGGAGGUGGGGAAGAAGCUGUUUGCCAUCAACGGAGACCUGGUGUUCCUCAGGCCUUUCUCGGAAGUGGCCGUUCUCCUCAGGCGGUGUUUCCUCAGCAAGGGGCCGCUCCGGGUCCUGGUCAGCACCAAGCCCAGGGAGACUGUGAAGAUUCCCGACUCGGUGGACGGUUUGGGCUUCCAGAUUCGCGGUUUCGGCCCCUCCGUGGUUCACGCCGUCGGAAGAGGUACGGUGGCGGCCAUGGCCGGGCUGCACCCGGGCCAGUGCAUCAUCAAGGUGAACGGCAUCAAUGUUAGCAAGGAGAGCCACGCCAGCGUCAUCGCUCACGUGACGGCGUGCCGCAAGUACAGGCGACCCUCGCAGCAAGAUACAAUCAAGUGGGUGUAUAACAACAGUGAGAGCGCCCACGAGGACAACCAGAGGAGCAACCGCCAGGCCACCCCGGAGGACAACGCCGACGUCUUUGAGUGCAAAGUCGAAGAGGCGAUGGACAAGUUCAACACCAUCGCCAUCAUGGACGGCAACAAGGACCACGUGAGCCUUACGGUGGACAACGUUCACCUGGAGUACGGCGUGGUGUACGACUACGACAGCACGGCCGGCAUCAAGUGUCACGUCUUGGAGAAGAUGCUGGAGCCCAAAGGCUUCUUCAGCCUCACUGCCAAGAUCCUGGAAGCUCUGGCGCAUAACGACGACACGCUGGUGCGGACGUGCGCUAAGCUGACUUCCGGCCGUGACGUCAUCCCCGAGCAGCUGCGGACGCCGUUCCAUGCGGUGUGCGCCGAGAGGGUGGAGCACAUCAACCGACGCAUCACCAACUACAGAAAGUUUGCCCGAGUGCUGAAAAACAGGGCCUGGCCUACCUUCAAGCAGGCGAAGGGCAAGGUGUCCCCCCUGCACAGCAGCGACUUUUGCCCCACCAAUUGUCACGUCAACACCAUGGAGGUGUCCUACCCCAAGACAAGCACCUCCCUGGGAAGCUCCUUCGGGGUGCAGCUGGACAAGCGCAAGAGCACGCCGGAGAAAAGCGGGCGAUACGCUGCUGAGCAGGGUAAGCUGAGCCCCAUGGUCCACAUCCAACACACCAUCACCUCCAUGGCGGCCCCCUCGGGACACAGCCUGGGGCGCACCGAGGGCCACGGCCUGCGCUUCCUGCUCCGAGAGGACCACCUCCUCACCCUGGACGCUUACCAGAAGCUCCUGGACAAGCUGGACACCGUCGUCAAGGAGACGGAGACACACGCCGGACAUAUUCACCACCUCUUAUCGUCCAUCACGUGCCCGCCGGCGACGGAGGCCAAGAGCCCGGAGAGUUUCGUAUCGGCCGAGAGUGACAACGACAAGGGCGAGCGAAACGGGAAGAAAGUGUGCUUCAACGUGGCAGGGGACGAGCAGGAAGACUCGGGCCACGACACCAUCAGCAACCGGGACUCGUACAGUGACUGUAACAGUAACAGGAAUUCCAUCGCCUCCUUCACCAGCAUCUGCAGCAGCCAUUGCAGCUCCUACGUCCACAGCGACGAGAUGGACUCGGGGGAAGAGGUGGCAUCCAGCGUGUGGCUGUCUCAUGAAAAGCAGAAGAAGCUUCACAGCUUCCUGGAGCACCUUUUCAGCCAGGUGGACUCCAUCACCAGCAUGCUGCGAGGCGCACUGGUGGCACGGGCUUUCGAGCAAACCAAGUGCUUCACGCCCGGGAGAGGCUUUCAAGAAUUUGAGCAAGAGAUGGAAGCCGAGAUGAACUCCGCCAAGAGCUUGCGUCUCCACGUCAAGCAGGAUCCCUGGAACCUUCCCGCUAGCGUCCAGACGCUCACGCAAACCGUGGCAAAGUUUGUGGAAGAGGUGAAGACCAGGCUGCUCUUAGUGCUGCUGCAGUAUACAGAUUCUGAGAUCCAGUUGCGUCGAGAUAUGGUCUUUUGUCAGUCGCUGGUGGCUGCCGUCUGCGCCUUCUCCGAGCACCUGCUCGCUGUUCUCAAUCAGUUCCACUGUGCAGGCAAAGAGUCGGAGUUGGAGCAGGACCCCCAGGACCUGCAGGAGGUUCAGGAGGCCAGCGCACGAUGGUUGGAGCAGAUUGCCAGUGUAGGCCUGCUCUUCCACUUCCAAUCGCUUCUCUCGCCUAACCUGACCGACGAGCAGGCCAUGCUGGAGGACACUCAGGUGGCGCUGGUGGACCUGGAGAAAGUCACCUUCUACUUUCAGCACUUUGAAGGAGAGCCCCGAGUGGCCAACAUGCCUGUGUGGUACCACGUGGAGGGCACCAGGCAGCAGCUGAAGGUUUUCCUCCAGCUAGAGAAUUUUUACUUCUCUCAAUUGCCAGCCCGGCUGAGAGCCGGCGGGGUCAAAAUCCAUCCCGUGCUCUUCACGCAAGCACUGGAGAGCAUGGAGGGCUACUACUACAGAGACAAUGUGUCUGUGGAGGAGUACCAGGCCCAGAUCAACGCCACCUCGUUGGACAAAGUCAAGCAGUACUACAAGAGGCUGAGGGCUUUCUACAUGGAUCAGUCCAACAUGCCGCCCAGCUCUGCACCCAAAGCUGCUCUCAUAGAUAAGCUGAUGCGUCCCCUGAAUGCGGUGGACGAGCUCCGCCGUCUGCUGGAGAGCUUCAUCCGCUGCCGCCGCGCGGCCGCCUGCCAGUACACCGCCUGCGGGGCGUCCGGGGUGGGCCUGCUGACGGUGGCCUCGGAGCUGUGCUCGCGCCUGGGGGCCGCCCACGUGGUCAUGUGCAACAACGGCGUUCACCGUUGCACUCUGAGCGUGACGCUGGAGCAGGCCAUCCUCUUAGCCCGCAACCACGGGCUGCCGCCUCGCUGCAUUCUGCAGGCCACCGAUGUCAUGAGGAAACAGGGUGCCCGAGUUCAGAACUCCGCCAAGAAUCUCGGGGUGAGGGAUCGGACGCCGUCGUCUGUGCCGAGGUUGUACAAGCUGUGCCAGCCUCCGCCCCCUGAUGGCGACCCGUAAUGUAUCGCAAAUAUGAAGACCCCAAUUUUUAUUUUAUUUUUUCUUACACAUCAGCAUAUAAAUAUGUCCAACCUUUUGUGUAAAUAGAAUUUUUCAAAAGCAUACUAAUAUUUUUAUAAUAUUUGCAACCUGUGUUUGGAACAUCUCCACUCCUUAUAUGUUUAUUGUAAAUAUACAUUUUUAUGAUGAUUAUUUCCAAUAGUAUAUCAGUACUCUGUUUUUUUUAACUGCAUUACUCAGGUUUCAGGCAUAUAGAUUGCAUAUUAGCGCCGAUGGUAGCUCGCGACGAUGCAAACUGAAAGCAGCACCAAUAAGCUAGGUUUGUUUUGUUUACCCAAAAUAGUAUUAUA